CGAGGCGAACUCGGUGAGGAAUCAGAGCGGAAUCGCGGUCUGUCCUGGAGUUCACACUGAGAGACCCGCGGCUGGGGCUGAGGAUCAGCUCGGUGACGCUUUAUGUAUAAUAUUUAACCUCAUACAGAAGUCUAGUGUGUGUGUGUUUUUCCUCUGUGCGCGGCUAACGCCAUGAGCUCGUUGGCUCAGCGGAGCUCGGGCCUCGUGCAGAGGCGCACCGAGGCCUCGCGUAGCGCCGCCGCUGCCGCCGCCGACAGGGAGAAGGGCUCGGGCGGCGAGGACGAUGAGCACCGCCGGGACGAGCAGGACGACGAAGACAGCGGCGACUCCAAAGAAACCCGGCUGACCCUCAUGGAGGAGGUGCUGCUGCUGGGCUUGAAGGACCGCGAGGGCUACACUUCUUUCUGGAAUGACUGCAUAUCCUCAGGGCUGCGUGGCUGCAUGCUCAUUGAGCUCGCCUUGCGAGGGAGACUGCAGCUGGAGGCUUGUGGCAUGAGGAGAAAAAGUCUUCUGGCCAGAAAGGUUAUUUGUAAAUCUGAUGCUCCGACUGGUGAUGUACUCCUGGAUGAAGCUCUGAAACACAUUAAAGAGACUCAGCCGCCAGAGACCGUACAGAGCUGGAUCGAGCUCCUUAGUGGUGAGACAUGGAACCCCCUGAAGCUUCACUACCAGCUACGGAAUGUGCGAGAACGUCUCGCCAAGAACCUGGUGGAGAAGGGCGUGCUUACCACAGAGAAGCAGAACUUCCUACUGUUCGACAUGACGACACACCCGCUCACCAACAACAACAUCAAGCAGCGCCUCAUCAAGAAGGUACAGGAGGCCGUGCUGGACAAGUGGGUGAACGACCCGCAGCGCAUGGACAAGCGUCUGCUGGCGCUCAUCUUCCUGGCUCAUUCGUCCGACGUGCUGGAAAACGCGUUUGCGCCGCUGCUGGACGAGCAGUACGACCUGGCCAUGAAGAGGGUGCGGCAGCUGCUUGACCUCGAGCCCGAGGGAGAGAGCAUGAAGGGUAACGCCAACGAGCUGCUCUGGGCCGUCGUGGCUGCCUUCACCAAAUGAGGAUUUACACCUGUAAAGCACUAAAAUCGAACACUUGACUGGUUACUGAAAAAAAAGAAGAGAAAAAAAAAACCAGGCAGAAAGGGUUAUAUCUGAAAUGAACGAUAACUCUCUACAGAGCUGUCUCAGUCUCACACACACCCCACCCUGUACUCCUCUUUAAUUGCUGAUAACUCGCUUCCCUUCUACGUUCUAUACACAGCCUUGAUUCGGCCGGAGGAAAGCAUGCCUGUCUUUUCCUCUCCUCCUUUCAUUCUUAUUUUGUCCAGUUAAAUGCAUGAGGGGUAUUUUCUUCUAGGACUGUCUGUCUGAACAUACCGCAGGAACAAUCAAUACCCUUUGCAUAACUGGACAAUUGGGCUUUUUCUCCCCCUUUUUUUUCCUCAAUAAUCUUCCCCUAAGGUAAUAUGGGUUUACUUUCCUAUCGAUUCAAGUACAAAAAUUACAGACUAGAAAGUGACUCAACCCCCCCUGAGGUUUUGAUCGUAAUGUGUGCACUCAAUAGGAAUGAUUUAUAAAAGAACUGGAGAAUUUGGGUCUGUGAUGUAUGGAAAAAGCCUCUGUGUUUCAGAUUACUAUUCUCUACCAGACUUGGCGGUCUUGGUUCGAAGAUUGUGGCGUUCCAGUGAAACCACAAGAAUAUUAAUCACCAAAUACUCCCAUUGGGGCAUAGAUUAGCUCCAGACCUGUAGUGUUACAUCAGUGUAAUGGCUCUUGGAGUUUUUAGGGGGUUUGUUUUUAAGUUUGUUUGUUUUUUUUCUUUUCUUUCAGCCGAGCAAAACCACGUUUGAUAAUGAAGUCGGCUCACGGUGACGCUACCCCUUAGCACGCCAGUGUAUCCAACUUUAGUUAGACAAGAUGGAACUUGUGGAGGCGGAGUGAUGUUCAAAGAUUGUGGAUGUUCCCAGGGAAAACUAGAAAAAGGUUUAUAUUUUUCAAUGUUCUAAACCUCACUAAUAUUUCGAGCGCUACCUCUCGGACCUCUCACACUUCCCCCUCGGUUGUUUUAACUGCCUCUCACUGGCUUGGUCACUUUAGCAUCAUUAGUCCACAGUUUUCUCAUCUAUACAUGAAAACCACCACUUUUAUGUGCCUAAUCUCGGUUACAGGACUCGUAACCUCCACGUUAUAACACGUACUGUAGCUAUUCCUUGACAUGACAUUCAUGAACAACUGAGCGAAUCGCUUUUAAAAUCCUAGACUUCUCCAUAAUCUUAAACUUUAUGUGUAAGGGAAAUGUGAUUUAGGCUUUACUUUUUCUUUCCUGUCCUUUGCCGUAUGAGGGGAUUGUUUCAUUUUGCUACCUUUUAACAUGUUACUGUCUUCCUUUAGACAGGAGCCCGAGCUACCCACUAAAUCCAAACAACAUAUAUAUAUAUAUAUAUAUAUAUAUAUAUAUAUAUAUAUAUAUAUAUAUAUAUAUAUAUAUAUAUAUAUAUAUAUAUAUAUAUAUAUAUAUAUAUAUAUAUAGUAUAAAACAAAACAUUAGUUUUUAUUGUAUGGUCAGAAAGAGGGGUUUAAAAUCAAGUAUGCAAGGGAAAGUCUGAUGCCGUUUUCAACGUUGCAGGGUGGCCGAUGAAACAGUUUGCUACUUUUCCCCCAGUUUUCACGUUUAUGUAUUCCUCUCUUACAAACUGAAUCACAAAUAAUAAAAUAAAAACUCAAAUGACUGUUUUUGAUCAAGACUCGCAUUUAUGCUUUACAUGGCUUGUUGUAAAUGUCAGAUUUAAAUCUAUUGCGUUUGUGUUUGGUUUUAGAGAUGAGAAGGUGACAGAUUGCACAGAGGCUCGACAACACAUUCCAGCUAAAUUUCUAGAUUUAUUUUCGUCAGCUAAUCCAUUAAGCAUUUAUAUUCCACAGUAAUGUUUUUUAUUUGUCCUAUUUUAAACUUUGCUUUUAAUUUGAACUGAGGAUGCCUUUGAUCAGACAUUUGCUGUUGAACUUCAUGUUUUCUUACGUUUUUAAUCACCGCUGCCAAAUUGUUUUUUUUUUUUGUUUUGUUUUGUUUUUAAAUACUCGAUUUUAAAGCAAUAAUUUACGUGCUCGCUUCUGCUUCGUUCAUAAUCCAUCAUGAUUAACGCUUACCUUGCAGUACUUCCUAUACCUAUAUGUAGCGAAUACUUUUUUGGGCAAAGAAAAUCGAAAUCGUGUAGCUUUAGAGCCCACAAUGAAGGGGAUCCGUAUGUGUACACUUUCCUGUUACCAAAUAAAUGAAGGUAUUGGGAGUGCCUCAAAAACUCA